GACAACCCUCCGAUGAAAGACAUGUUCAAAAUCCUCAUGUUCCCCAACAGCCGCAUCUUCAAAGCAGAGAACAGCAAGAUCAAGAAAGAGUGGCUGGAGAUUCUGGAGGAAACGAAGAAAAACAAAGUGGCGAAAGACAAACACAAAAAAGAAGAGGAGGUGCCAACGUCGCCAGUCAGGCAGGACGUCUCCACAAACCCAUUUGAUGAGGACGAACCUCUGGGUUCAGAGGAACUGGUGGAUCUGAGUCCCGAAUGGAUCCAGGAGCUUCCAGAAGACCUUGACGUUUGCAUCGCUCAGAGAGACUUUGAGGGUGCUGUUGAUCUUCUGGAUAAACUAAACGAAUAUCUGAAGGAGCAACCAGUGAGCCCACGGGUGAAGGAGCUCAGAGGGAAGGUGGAUGAGCGUGUUCGACAGCUGACGGAGGUCCUG